GGUACUUGGGAUAUGUGUAGCUGGUUUACUCGUUGUCGGUACGAGGCGGAUUGCUCAUCGUGGCUCGAGCUCUCGCGACUCGGCUCCGUUCGUGUCCCCUCCCAUUUUCAUUCCCAUAAAUAUACACGCGCACCGAUAGGGGCACACGUAUACAGGCGCAAGAGGAGAAUUCGCACAGCAACACACGUAUAGGACGCGUCGUGUGUCCAAGUGUUGGUGCACGGAUGAGACGGCAUAGCCGCGCGGCCGCACACACAUAAGCACAGAAACGUCGACUGUCGAGUGAGUUGCACAGGGAGGACGUUCUCGCGGCUGCUGUUCGCGUGUGGUGGUGCAUGUACGUGUCGUCGCCUCGCAAUUACACAUUUCGUGCAGUCCAAGUCUCCUCGCCGGCGACAAUUGACCCGUGGUCAACUGUUACAUAUAAACGCAUGCCACCGUUUCGGUAGUGAUUUACGUAUACACAAGUUUCACACUGGCCGAUGGGCAUCGGCGUCGAAUUCCUUCUGCGAUAAUCAAGUGCGUUUUCCGAUUCCUCCGGUACGGCGUGUGAUCGCUCCUAUAUAAUUAUACAUGAAUAAGAAGAUCGCGAGUGUUUGUGUGAGUGUGCGCGUGUUCUCCGAACAUCAGCAACGAGCCGCUAGGCCAAGAAUAUAAGAAAAAAUACUCGUAAUUCGAGAGGAAAAACAAGAAAUCGUCGGGCGUGAAACUAUACAACACGUAAAGCUGGACUUUCGCGUGUGAUAUUCUCUCUGUCCGGCCGUGCAUACGCUCGCAAUAUGUAUCUAUAUAAUUGGCGAUAUUUUUGCUCAAUCGUAUCACGUCGGUAGUAGUGAGCCUGUGUUAACUGUGCGACAAGGGAGACCGAGAGUGCAUUUUGUGUACGCCGAGCAGCCCACAAGACGACAGCUUUUUGAUAGAUACGAGUCGAUGAAGAGUAUCCGGAAGAUGCAAGGUGCUGCACGCAGGGAAUGACUGACUUAUUCCCCCAAAUGUAUAGGAGCUGCAGAAACACCGAAGACGACGGCGAGAAUAAGAGAAAUAGCAAAGUUACCAGGACUGAAAACUGCACUCAUGGCUUUUGUGACUUCCAUGACCUGAGCAUCAGAUAAGAAGAGCUAGGAUUACGAUGGAGAUAGACCGACCAGCGGCAGCAUCGAUUGUUCAUUGAAGAAAAAAAAACAGAUUUAAAAAGCUCAAUAAACAGCGAGAAACAAACAACUGCCUUGCUUACUGAUUUUGUUGAAAAAUAAGCAGAUACAGGCGUUACAAGUGUGCAAUAAAUAAAGUCAGUUGAUUACGAUACGUUUUACUUUGUGGCAACUUCAUCCGAUAAUUAUAGAUAGGCCAGACACGCUGUAACCAUGGCGUGCUGCCUGUCGGAGGAGGCCAAGGAACAAAAACGUAUCAAUCAAGAAAUUGAACGUCAACUUAGGAGAGACAAACGAGAUGCCAGGAGAGAACUCAAGCUUUUAUUGCUUGGUACUGGUGAAUCCGGCAAAUCCACAUUCAUCAAACAGAUGAGAAUUAUUCACGGCUCCGGUUACUCGGACGAAGACAAACGGGGCUACAUCAAACUAGUGUAUCAAAAUAUUUUCAUGGCCAUGCAGUCAAUGAUCCGGGCAAUGGAUCUUCUCAAGAUUCAGUACGCAGAAUCGUCGAACAUUGAAAAAGCCGAGCUCGUGAGGGCGAUCGACUUCGAAACGGUCACGGAGUUCGUCGAGCCAUACGUAACGGCCAUCAAAGAGCUCUGGAAAGAUUCCGGCAUUCAGGAAUGCUACGAUCGGCGACGAGAGUACCAGCUCACAGAUUCUGCCAAAUAUUACCUCAUGGACAUAGACAGAGUGGCAGGGCGCGACUACCUUCCUACGGAGCAGGACAUCUUACGCGUAAGGGUACCGACAACCGGUAUAAUCGAGUACCCGUUUGACUUGGAAGAAAUCAGAUUUAGCUAUCUUACUGACUUAGAGCGUAUAAAAGAGCCUGACUAUCUUCCUUCCGAGCAAGAUAUUCUACGAGCUCGAGUUCCUACAACUGGAAUAUUAGAGUAUCCCUUUGAUCUGGACUCCAUCAUAUUUAGAAUGGUGGACGUGGGCGGUCAGAGAUCUGAAAGAAGAAAAUGGAUUCACUGUUUCGAAAAUGUGACAUCUAUUAUCUUCCUGGUAGCUUUAAGUGAAUACGAUCAAAUUCUCUUUGAAUCCGAAAAUGAGAACCGAAUGGAAGAGAGCAAGGCAUUGUUUAAAACGAUUAUAACAUAUCCCUGGUUUCAACAUUCUUCCGUCAUUCUCUUUUUGAAUAAAAAAGAUUUGCUAGAGGAAAAAAUCAUGUACUCACAUCUCGUGGAUUAUUUUCCUGAAUACGAUGGACCUCAGAGGGAUGCGACAAUGGCCCGAGAGUUCAUUUUGAGGAUGUUCGUUGACCUCAAUCCAGAUAGUGAAAAGAUUAUAUAUUCUCACUUUACGUGCGCCACAGACACGGAAAAUAUCAAGCUCGUAUUCUGCGCCGUAAAGGACACCAUCAUGCAGAACGCUUUGAAGGAAUUCAAUUUGGCUUGAAACAACCGUGAACCAUUACGACGCAUUGAUAUUUUGUUGGAGAAGAAAACGAGAUGGCAGCUUCACGUAGUUAAUUCGAUUGAUCGACACGAGCUGCGCUAAAACAAGAAGAAACGAUGCCAGAAUGAAACUUGUCCACUGCAUGACUCUAUUCUAGAAAAGAAAACAAAUAAAAGUGGAUAUUUUAAUGGAAGCGUAUAAAUACAUCAAAUGUAUAUGCACGAAUAUGUAUUUUUUACAGAGAUUGUGUAUAAAACAUGUGCACAAACGUUUUCGCUUGAUAAUGGACAUUAAUUUGAGAAAACGUGUAUACAUACAUACUGCUAUUACUAUUAUUAUAAUUAUGAUAUAUUUAACUUAAUUUCUCUGUUUCGUCCCUUUUGCGCUUUCUAUCUCUCUAUUUAUUUAUUUUGCCUUGUAACAUUAACCCAUCUAACGACACGCUUGUGUUUUUGUUCUUAUCACAGAUGUACUAAUAAUUCAAAUAUAACUUCGUUGGCGAUUAUGAGAAAAAAUCGAA